ACUUAGCUCUGCUCAAGUUCAAGCCGGGGUUUGCUUUGGCUUGGCUCAGCGCUCUUGAAGGAAAGCAUCAGGAAAGCGCGUUCCGGGUGAUUGUGUGCCAGUGCGGUGACGAGUGCAUCUGAUUUUCGCGGUUUGGUGCGCGGUUUUUAUGCAACCAAGGAAGUACAGUGGCAGAAAGAAUACAUGGGGACCUCCGAUUUUUUUUGGGGUUUAUCUAGACACAAUCUGAACUGUGAAAGUAAAAUAUUCUGAAGUGCAGUGCGGUUUUCGUGAACUUGAAAUACUAAAAGGUGUUAAGAUAUCAACAGCACGUGGGGUUAUAAAGACCGAAAGUUUUUGUUAAUCAUCACAGAUACGUUGAUACGUGAAGACACAAAAGGAGUUUGUUGCAGUUUUAGUGAUUUUUUAUAUUAAUAAAUUAAUAUCCCCGUUGAAAUUGGUCUAGUGGUCGAUUGGUUAUGAUCUGGAGGCGAACGCAAUCGAUACAUCAACGCUGCCCGGGGCUAACCCGAUAGUGACUAAUGCUUACCAUUCGAAUGUGCAAAUAUCCCGCGGAAGAGUGUAUCAAAGAUCGAAUAAGAGAAAACGGGUUAAUAAAUAGUUAAUAUUCUACGCGGUGCUCCGUACUAUUGAACCGACGACGAGCUCGUGAGUGAGUAAUAGCAGUCUUUAUCGUCGUCCACCGAUUGUGUGACCUGUGUCUGUGUGCUUUGUGGCGAGUGUGAUUCAAAAAGGCCUUCAAAAUUGCCCCGAAAACGUCGUUCCGAAUGCAUUUGCCCAGCGGUGGAAGCACGGCCGCCAUUCCCCCCAGUAGCUCGAACGUAGCCAACACGACGCCGACGGCUGCCACCGAGUGGGAUAUUUAUAAGGAAGAAGAAAUGUUGGAGCCACCCGCCGGCGGCAACAACAAUGCGGAAAAUAGUUCGCCCAGUCCCGGAGGCUCCGGCGAUCUUUGGUGGAUCGAGCGGAUGGUGAUGGAAGCGCAACAGGAGUAUCCGGGUGAAUUGGUGCGAACCGGGAGUCCGUAUUUUCUCUGCUCCGCCCUGCCCAACCACUGGCGAUCCAAUAAGACGCUACCGAGCGCCUUUAAGGUAGUCUCCCUGGGUGAUGUCUGCGACGGGACGAUGGUGACGAUCCGUGCCGGCAAUGAUGAAAACUUCUGCGGUGAGCUGCGGAACUGCACAGCUGUGAUGAGAAACCAAGUGGCGAAAUUCAAUGAUCUCAGAUUCGUGGGACGAAGUGGGCGAGGGAAAAGCUUCACUCUUUCAAUUACCGUCUCCACCACCCCACCACAAGUGACAACUUACACCAAAGCAAUCAAGGUGACCGUCGAUGGACCAAGGGAGCCCCGUUCAAAAACCAAUACUCCUCAGCUGCGACCUCCACCUUUGCAUCGGUUUCUGGAACAGCCGGCAUUCGCCCACUUUCCAGCGCGGUUCAACUCCAGUUCCAACAAGUCCUCCUCCAUCAAUACCUACAGUGCAAGUACAAAUCAUCAUCACAACAGCAACAGUGGCAGUUCCAGUCUGAACACCAGUGUCGAGUCCUCCAGUGAUUACAAACCGAACCUUACCCUCCCAGACUAUAGUAACGCAACUGACUGGCCAAAUGGACUGAACUCUUCUUCAACGGCCGCAUAUGUUAGCAACUAUUCACCAAUUCAAACAACUCCUCCUUCGUAUGGCGGUUACGAACCCUGUCCGAUGGCAGAGCAUCCCAAUUAUAAUCUCCCUGCAGUUCUUCCAGAUACCGCCCAAACGUACCAGGAUUAUUAUAGCAUUCCACCGGCCACGGGUGCAACCCCUCAUCAAGCCAUGUCCCAUGGCUAUGUAGCGAAAUCGACUGAUCUGGAUGCGUCCUACGGUCCGUAUAGUCAAUGGGCCAACGGAUACGGAAGCUACCAGUACAAUGCACCCUGCCCACCGCCUUUGCCACCUCCACAACCGCAGUACCCAUCCACGGCGCCCGCCAUGGUGCUUUGCCCGCAAAUGUUCAGCACAGUGAAUCAGAAUCAAAUUCACGUGCACCUGCACGGGACGGGCAGUGAGAAGUUGGAACAGUACCUGGGCACGGAAAACGGAUUCAGCAUCAAUUCGAUCUCCUCCGGUGGCAUAAGGCCAUCGGUACCGGGGAUUGAGAUUGGCAUCGGGACCCACGAGAGUAGCUUAGUUAGUAACGAUGGCAGCCACCAAGCGCAACAAUCACAACAGCAGCCUCCACAGCAUUCAGCCGGCGAAGUCAGCGAACAGCAGGACACCCGGGAAGAGUCGGUGACUGGUGAUCCCAGCAGUGUUUGGCGACCUUACUGAUGUUACGAGUUUUAAAAGCAAGUUGAACUUGAACGUACGACGAUGCUUUAUGGAGAUUUGCUGGAAGCACAACAGAGGCACAUAGACCAACCAAUCGCUCAAUUCUUUUAUCCCGAAUAUGAGAAUCGUACUCUCUAUCUUAAUGUAGUUAAUUUAGAUCAAUGAAUGUUUAUUAUAAAAAUAAUGUCGUCAGAUAGUUGUAAUAUGUUUACAAAAAUUAUUGUAGAUUAUGUUAUUCUCAGAAAUGUUACGUUCGAUUACGCACAGACAAGAUUUCAAAAAUGCAUUUAGAAAACAACAUUGAAGCUCCUGAGCAGAUGAUGUAAUAAUUCAAAAGUUCCAAAUAAGUUGUCUUGUAUUAUACAGAAACUGAACAAAUAAUGAUUUGAGACCGGAAAUGAAAAUGGAUUCCAAAUGGCAUGAGAAUGCUACUUCGAUAUUUAGGAACCGAUGCUUCUAGUUUUUUCUGUUAUUGUAGAAAUCAAUCCCAUAACUUAAGUAAAUAAACUCGUUGUUUUUUGCUCGGGGUAACGCAAAAUAAUCGUUAA